CUGUCGGCUAGGCGUGCUGACGGGGCUGGGCAGGGCAGGACAGCACUCCCUGGAGGUGCCUGGGUGCCUGCUGUACACCCGCUGCGGCACGGUACCACACCUCACCCAGGACACUUUGCACACACUGAACAACCUGCCCUCCAUCACACAGCUCACCCUGGACACGCUGUGAGAGCCUCUUCUAUUAGCACACUCCCUCUAUCUCUCUGUCUCUCUUUCUCGCUCUGUCUCUCUCUCGCUCUGUCUGUCUCGCUCUGUCUCUCGCUCUGUCUGUCUCUCUCUCGCGCUCUGUCUCUCUCUCGCACUCUGUCUGUCUCUCGCCCUGUCUCUCUCUCUCGCCCUGUCUCUCUCUCUUGUGUUCUGUCUGUCUGUCUCUCUCUCGGUCUGUCUGUCUCUCUCUCGCUCUGUCUGUCUCUCUCUCUCGCUCUGUCUCUCUCGCUCUGUCUGUCUCUCGCUGUCUGUCUGUCUGUCUGUCUGUGUCUCGCGCUCUGUCUGUGUCUCGCGCUCUGUCUGUCUCUCGCGCUCUGUCUGUCUCGCUCUCUCGCGCUCUGUCUGUCUCGCUCUCUGUCUGUCUCUCGCUCUCUCGCGCUCUGUCUGUCUCGCUCUCUGUCUCUCUCGCUCUCUCGCGCUCUGUCUGUCUCUCGCUCUCUCGCGCUCUGUCUGUCUCUCGCUCUCUCGCGCUCUGUCUGUCUCUCGCUCUCUCGCGCUCUGUCUGUCUCUCGCGCUCUGUCUGUCUCUCGCUCUCUCGCGCUCUGUCUGUCUCUCACGCUCUGUCUGUCUCUCGCUCUCUCGCGCUCUGUCUGUCUCUCGCGCUCUGUCUGUCUCUCGCUCUCUCGCGCUCUGUCUGUCUCUCGCUCUCUCGCGCUCUGUCUGUCUCUCGCUCUGUCUGUCUCUCGCGCUCUGUCUGUCCCUCGCUCUCUCGCGCUCUGUCUGUCUCUCGCGCUCUGUCUGUCUCUCGCUCUCUCGCGCUCUGUCUGUCUCUCGCGCUCUGUCUGUCUCUCGCUCUCUGUCUGUCCCUCGCUCUCUCGCGCUCUGUCUGUCUCUCGCGCUCUGUCUGUCUCUCGCGCUCUGUCUGUCUCUCGCUCUCUGUCUGUCCCUCGCUCUCUCGCGCUCUGUCUGUCUCUCGCGCUCUGUCUGUCUCUCGCGCUCUGUCUGUCUCUCGCUCUCUGUCUGUCCCUCGCUCUCUCGCACUCUCUCUCUGUCUCGCUCUCUCUCUCUCUCUGUCUCUCUCGCUCUCUCUCUCUGUCUCUCUCGCUCUCUCUCGCUCUGUGUCUCUUGCUCUCGCUCUGUCUUUCUGCCUCUAUCUCUCUUUCUCUCUGUCUCUCUCUCUCGCGCUGUCUCUCUCUCUCAAACACACGGUAAGAUAGUAUUUAAUAGACUUGCUUUGUGUGUCUUUCCUUUAGAGCAGAACACCAAGAAGUAUUGGAAGAGUUCAAGGAGGGAGUCAGGAAGUUUGCAGGUUGGUACUGAAUAUUCCUGUUGAAAUUAUGCCUCACUACAUCUACUGUCUCCGCUCUACACUUUUGACUGCGCCUUGCAUUAGGAAAGUCAAACAUGUGGCAUGCAUUCAUAUGCUUAGAGCAUGUCCUAAUAUACAUACACUACUGAGUGACCACGGUUUCAUUAAUGCAAAUGCAUGCAUAAACGCAAAGCACGUUCGUAAAAGCAACUUUCAUUUUUAACACAUACACAUGUACAUAACUUUCUUUACAUUUUGUCUCAGCUUAACUAGAAAGCACUUGGACAUAAAGAAGAAAAGUAAAUCACUUCGUUGCUGAAUGUUUGUGAGUGGAAGAGGCAGAAGUGUAUUGUUGAAAAGCACAAUCAGUCUUAGCCCUUUCUAAGAGCAAUGAAUACGCCACAUAAGUCCUGAAUGGCUUUGAAACAGCCCUCAUGUAGGAAAGUCAAAACUCAUCACUCUCUAACAGAGAUGGCUAGCUGUAGUGUGGCACCACUGAGCCGUUUCCUGCCCCUGGGCAAGCCAAGUUGAAAUGAGAAAAUAUAAUUAGCGUCCCAGCACUUGUUGUUCACACGCAGGGAAUUAUUACAUUGUGUCUUGAGGCGGGCAAGGAGGGAGCAACCUGAUUGGGUAAUUAAAAAUGAACGUGCCGCUGCCUGCCAAUGCUUGUUGUUUUUGUUUAGGUUCUGGUUUUGUCACCUUCUGAUCUUCUCUCACAUCUGGCCUCUGAUAAGGCCACAUGGCUUCCAGUGUGUAGUUAACAGAAUGAGCGAACUAUCUGACAUUACCAACAAGUCUAUGUAUCUGCCUCCUGCUGCUGUGUGCGCUCUUGCACUGUCUAGACUAUUACUCAUGCUACUGUACACGUUGUUGCUGUGCUGUCUGUUCUGCAGUAGGAUGCAUGCUUUAAUACUGCGGUUGACCGUUCACAGGUCUUCAUGACACAGUGUUGUACUGCUCCCUCCACGACCCUGCGACCUCAUGCCCCCCAGGUCACAUCACCAACAAGGUCAGAGGUCAUGUUUGGGGGUCUACUUAUCCAGCACAAAUCAUAUUUUAGACUAAGCAUUGGUGUCUGUCUAAAUGCUUUACAUGUCUGGGAGUUAAGUGGGAUUGAGUGUCUGUGUAGUUGACACUAACACCAAAGAUUUGCAGAACUACAGUGCAUUCGGAAAGUAUUCAGACCCCUUGACUUUUUCCACAUUUUGUUACGUUACAGCCUUAUUCUAAAAUUGCUUAAAUUGUUUUUUCUCAUCAAUCUACGUACAAUACCCCACAAUGACAAAGCAAAAACUGUAUUUUUUGAAGUUUUUGCAAAAAAUAACGGAAAGAUUACAUUUACAUAAGUAUUCAGACCCUUUACUCAGUACUUUGGCAGCGAUUACAGCCUCGAGUCUUAGGUAUGACGCUACAAGCUUGGCACACCUGUAUCUGCAGAUCCUCUCAAGCUCUGUCAGGUUGGAUGGGGAGCGUUGCUGCACAGCUAUUUUCAGGUCUCUCCAGAGAUGUUCGAUCGGGUUCAAGUCUGUGCUCUGGCUGGGCCAUUCAAGGAAAUUCAGAGACUUGUACCGAAGCCACUCCUGCGUUUUUUUGGCUGUGUGCCUAGAGUCGUUGUCCGGCUAGAAGGUGAGAGAGAGAGGUCUUGAGCGCUCUGGAGCAGGUUUUCAUCAAGGAUCUCUCUGUACUUUGGUUCGUUCAUCUUUGCCUCGAUCCUGACUUGUCUCCUAGUCCAUGCCGCUGAAAAACAUCCCCACAGCAUGAUGCUGCCACCACCAUGCUUCACCGUAGGGAUGGUGCCAGGUUUCCUCCAGAUGUGACGCUUGGCAUUCAGGCCAAAGAGUUCAAUCUUCAUCAGACCAGAUAAUCUUGUUUCUCAUGGUCUUGGAGUCUUUAGGUGCCUUUUGGCAAACUCCAAGCGGGCUGUCAUGUGCCUUUUCCUGAGGAGUGGCUUCCGUCUGGCCACUCUACCAUAAAGACCUGAUUGGUGGAGUGCUGCAGAGAUGGUUGUCCUUCUGGAAGGGACUCCCAUCUCCACAGAGGAACUCUAGAGCUCUGUCAGAGGGACCAUUGGGUUCUCCCCCACCUCCCUGACCAAGGCCCUUCUUCCCCACCUCCCUGACCAUGGCCCUUCUCCCCCAAUUGCUCAGUUUGGCCCGGGCGGCCAGCUCUAGGAAGAGUCUUGGUGGUUCCAAACUUCUUCCAUUUUUAAGAAUGAUGGAGGCCACUGUGUUCUUGGGGACCUUCAAUGCUGCAGAAAUGUUUUGGUACCCUUCCCCAGAUCUGUGCCUCGACACAAUCUUGUCUCGGCGCUCUACAGACAAUUCCUUCGACCUCAUGGCUUGCUUUUUGCUCUGACAUGCACUGUCAACUGUGGGGCCUUAUAUAGACAGGUGUGUGCCUUUCCAAAUCAUGUCCAAUCAAUUGAAUUUACCACAGGUAGACUCCAAUCAAGUUGUAGAAACAUCUCAAGGAUGAUCAAUGGAAACAGGAUGCACAUGAGCUCAAUUUCGAGUCUCAUAGCAAAGAGUCUGAAUACUUAUGUAAAUAAGGUAUUUCUGUUUUUAAUUUGUAAUACAUUUGCAAAAUUUCUGUGAAUUUGCAUUUGCACUCUUCUAAACAACGCUAUUUUUAAAAAACUUUGGUAAAGUGUAAAUUCUACAAAAUGUAUUUCACUCUGUUUGUAACAGGUUCUAGUUUUGUGAACAGAAAACUGUGUUGAGAUCAAAAGUUUUCGUCAAUGAGAAAAUAAGCAGAAUGUUGGCCAGAAUCUAUCUGGCUCCAUCUUCUCCAACUGCCGGCCAAUGGGCUUCCUCUAUCACCAUAUAUGGUAUUGAGUGGAAACGCCAAGAGGAUGCUUCACAUUUAUACAUCCGGUGAAAUAUCUGUCUCAUUGUUCUAUCUGUGCUAACACUGUCUAUAUUUGUUCCAGACGGUGUCUGUGUGGGGCAGUGGCGGUCGUAUCGAGCUGACGGUAGCUAAGUUCAUGGCUCUUCAGAAGGCUGUCCAGCCAGACCUGUACCAGAGCAUGGCUGACGGAGAGACUUGGCAGAUCAACACGUCUCGCAAGAGGGUCCGCAAGUCAGUGGACCGCACCCUGGCCCACUUGGAUGAGUGUCUGCUGCUGCACCACAAAACACAGGUCUGUCUGGGACUGCAGCUGCUGGAGCCUCCCUCACACAAGGCCAUGAUGAUGCUCCCAAUAUUAGAGGAAUGACAUUUAAAAGCUUCACUUACAUGGGGUGUGGCAGUCAUUUAUAAGCAUACUGUACAGACACAGGCUACUUUUUUUUUUUACACUGUCAAAAUCUAUCACCCUUUUCCAGGGUUCGUACGGUCAUGAAAAUCCUGAAAAAGUCGUAGAAUUUAAAAAUGGUGUUUUCCAGGCCUGGAAAAGUUCUGGAAAAUGAUAAAAUCCGAAAAGUUUUGGAAAAGUCAUGUAAAUUAAUUACAUUUCUGUUAAUGUAAUUUAUUUAGGCACAGUUUUUAAAUAUUUAAAAAUCAAAUAAAUAUCAACAUAUCAGCCAGGCUCGGAAUGACACUUCAGCGUGUUUGUGAACAUCACCUGCAUGGGUGCAAGACGAGUGGGCCGUUUCUCAAGGAGAGAGGGGCAGUCGGACAAUCCAGCAGCAGGUAGGCCGAGCAUAUAAAAUAUGAUAGAGAACAGACUAACUAGGUAGGUAGACAAUUGAAAUCUUGUACCCUCUAGUUAACCGUUAAGCUAUAAAUAUUUCUGUCAUCAAUGUCCCAAAAAAACACAGACACUUGCGAAUAAGGCCAUACAAAGUUGAUUUACUUCUUUGAACGAAUCAUAUGAUUCAUUUAAACAAUUCUUUUUUAUGAAAUGAACGAUUCACUUCGCCAUUGUAUUAGUUGGGGUUUGGUUCGAAUCGAAUCAUGUGAAUCAAAAUAAUUUGUGAGUCGUGAACAUACAUUUUUGGAAAAAUUGUUAGAUGUAGCCUUUCUUUUGGAUUAUGUGGAUUCAAAUCUUGUUUUGUAGAUACUUCUAGUUGAUUUGGGCAUCCAAUGUAUGGGGCAUUGUAACUCAAUAGAUGCUAGUCAGCCUGCAAAGUAAACACUUCUAAGGUAGCUAAAUAUGACUGAAGAAAAUGUGUGGGCUUGCUUCAGCUGAAUAAAAAGAUUUGUAGCCUACCAUAGCCAUUUUAUCUUUUAAUAUAUUGAAUGAGCUAAUUAUUUCAAAAAUACAUAAAAUGUAUUGGGUUGUAAUGUUGCAGUGUUUUACAUCAAGGGUGGUCAACCAUCCUCCAGGAGAGCUAAUGGGUGUGCAGGCUUUUUUUCCUGUCCCCCUCUAACACACCACAUUUUAGAAACUCGAUCUUGAUAAACUGUCUCUGACGGGUUUGAGCAGGGCUUGAUCAAAAGCCUGCAUACCCAGUAGCUCUCCGGACUGAAGGUUGACCACGUGUUUUAUACAGUUGACCACAGGUAUUUUACUUUGUGGGGGGUUAAGUGCCUUGCUCAAAGACAGGAGAAGGUACAUGGAAUCAUCGACAGCAGCCUCCCAGAGUCGAUACCACAUUAUGCUUACUUUUGUACAUAGAGAGGCCGCCAAUUAUAGAUCCAGUGUAGCUCAGUUGGUAGAGCAUGGUGUUUGCAACGCCAGGGUUGUGGGUUCGUUUCCCACGGGGGGCCAGUAUGAAAAAUGUAUGCACUCACUAACUGUAAGUCGCUCUGGAUAAGAGCGUCUGCUAAAUGACUAAUAUGUAAAUGGUAAUUUGGUGAAAAGUAAUACAAUUACAUCUAUCAUAAUGUGUAUGAACCCUGUCUUUCUCUCUCUGUGGUCUCCAGGAGCUGAGUGGGGUGGAGGUGUUUGGGGUGGUGGAGGGAGGGGAUGUGCUGGAGGAGAGGGUGCGGUCGGCCAGGGAGACGGCCAAGCGGCCAGUAGGAGGAUUCUGUCUGGACGGCCUCCAUACUGCAGCCAUGGAGCAGCACCUCCGGACCCAGCUCAUCACCGCCAUCAUCAAGGAGCUGCCUGAGGACAAACCCAGGUGUGUGUGUGUGGUCCCACCUUAAACAAAUAACAUCUUAUUAAGGCUUUAUAUAGCAUACAGAAACUCUUCAGAGGUACUACAUGGAUGCAUCACACAUCUAUAGACCCCUUUCUGUGUUUGCAAACGUUGCUGCACGAGGGUGAUGCGCACAAGUUGGUGGCAGAACACGGGGGAGUUCUUAUAGAACGCCAGUAAAAAAAGCCUCUAUUUACAUGUUGCUUAUGAGUGCAUUUCACACUACUUUUUGAUUAUAAUUGGAUUUUAAGGCUCGUAUGAAUGUCCUGCUUAAUAUAAUGUUUGUCAUCACAAAUCAACUGCAUUAUACUUAACAAACACUUCAACUUCAACCAGUAAAAUGGCUCUUUGGCUAGCUUUUGCUACAGCCUAUGUCAAUGAGUGUUAGCAUUCUAUCUAACAACUGCUGCAUCCAAAACAGUUAUUUUGCAAAGAUCACAACCAAAUAUAAUCUUAGCGACUGUUCAAGCAAUAAUCAAAACAUAAUUGUAUGCGUAUGAGAACCCAGAAAAGUGAGUUAAUAAAAACUUAAAUAUAGGCUAUGUUAAAUGGGCACAGAUGGCGUUGGCUUCCUUACUGCAGCCAAGAGUCGCUCGCAUCUGUGUGUGACAUCAGUGUGUCGUGUACUGGAAAGGGGUCUAUAAGCUUCCUUCUGUAGAAUGCAUUGGCAGGAAUGACAUAACCCACUAUGUUAUGUCUAUUAUGACUAUACCUUCAAAACACACCGAUUUGCAGUUCCUCCGCUGUGCUCUUUCUCAGCACUGUGUGUGUGUGCUAGAGCUCUGCCUCAGGCAGCUUCUCUCUCUCUGUCGCUCUCGCUCUCUCUCUCCAACACACUCGCUCUUGCUCUCGCUCUCUCCAACACUCUCUCUCUCUCUCUCUCGCUCUCUCUCUGUCUGUCUCUCUCUCUCCAACUCUCUCUUGCUCUCGCUCUCUCUCUCUCGCUCUCUCUCUCUCCAACACACUCUCUCUUGCUCUCUCUCUCUUGCUCUCUCUCUCUGUCUCUCUCUCCAACACUCUCUCGCGCUCUCUCUGUCGCUCUCGCUCGCUCUCUCCAACACUCUCUCUCUCGCUGUCUCUCUCUCUCUCGCUGUCUCUCUCUCUCUCUCUCACUCGCUCUCUCUCUCUCCAACACUCUCGCUCUCUCUCUCUCCCCUCCCCCUCCUUCCUCACGGCUGUUUCACAACAGUAAAAGUUAGUUGGUAUAUCUAUCAAAAACGUUCAGAAGAAAAACUCAGGCUGCCUUAAAAAGUAUCUGAAUGUUGCUAAUCGCUUUCAGAGGGAAGAAAAGUUGCCGGCAGGCGUCUGAAAUGUCACAAUGACAAAGAUCAAAGCUACUGAGUUGGCAACCCUGCCCGUUAACUCUUCAUACGCUCUAGCUAGCGAAGUCAAACCUGAUUUUAGGCUAAAGUGCCCCUCCACAUCGGCUCCUGUUGCCAGCUGUUACCCUUCCUACACUCACACUGUCUACACCCACACGCCCAUAAACCUUAAAUAUCAAUGCUCCUUCAUCCUUAAUUAAAAAGUGUUAAAGGAAGUAUGGAUUAUUUUUUAUCCCCCUCUCCACUCCUCUCUGUCUCUUCUCUCCUCUGUUGCAGUCUGUCUAUUCCCUCUCCACUCCUGUCUUCUCUUCUCUCCUCUGUUGUAGUCUGUUUAUUCCCCCUCUCCACUCCUGUCUCUUCUCUUCUCUCCUCUGUUGCAGUCUGUCUAUUCCCUCUCUCCACUCCUCUGUCUCUUCUCUUCUCUGUUGCAGUCUGUCUAUUCCCUCUCUCCACUCCUCUCUGUCUCUUCUCUCCUCUGUUGCAGUCUGUCUAUUCCCUCUCUCCACUCCUGUCUCUGUCUCUUCUCUCCUCUGUUGCAGUCUGUUUAUUCCCCCUCUCCACUCCUGUCUCUUCUCUUCUCUCCUCUGUUGCAGUCUGUCUAUUCCCUCUCUCCACUCCUCUCUCUCUCUUCUCUCCUCUGUUGCAGUCUGUCUAUUCCCUCUCUCCACUCCUGUCUCUUCUCUUCUCUCCUCUGUUGCAGUCUGUCUAUUCCCUCUCCACUCCUGUCUCUUCUCUUCUCUGUUGCAGUCUGUCUAUUCCCUCUCUCCACUCCUCUCUGUCUCUUCUCUCCUCUGUUGCAGUCUGUCUAUUCCCCCUCUCCACUCCUCUCUCUUCUCUCCUCUGUUGCAGUCUGUCUAUUCCCCCUCUCCACUCCUCUUCUCUUCUCUCCUCUGUUGCAGUCUGUCUAUUCCCUCUCCACUCCUGUCUCUUCUCUUCUCUCCUCUGUUGCAGUCUGUCUAUUCCCUCUCCACUCCUGUCUCUUCUCUUCUCUCCUCUGUUGCAGUCUGUUUAUUCCCCCUCUCCACUCCUGUCUCUUCUCUUCUCUCCUCUGUUGCAGUCUGUCUAUUCCCCCUCUCCACUCCUGUCUCUUCUCUUCUCUCCUCUGUUGCAGUCUGUCUAUUCCCUCUCUCCACUCCUGUCUCGUCUCUUCUCUCCUCUGUUGCAGUCUGUCUAUUCCCUCUCUCCACUCCUGUCUCGUCUCUUCUCUCCUCUGUUGCAGUCUGUCUAUUCCCUCUCUCCACUCCUGUCUCUUCUCUCCUCUGUUGCAGUCUGUCUAUUCCCUCUCUCCACUCCUCUGUCUCUUCUCUCCUCUGUUGCAGUCUGUCUAUUCCCUCUCUCCACUCCUCUCUGUCUCUCCUCUGCAGUCUGGCUCUUCUCUCUCCACUCUUCUCUGUUUCUGCAGUUCUCACCUCUCACUCACUGACAGAUUUAGAAUGUACAGCAGGGACCAGGUGAGGGGAGAGGACUGACUGACCAAUUAAUGGCUCUAAUUGAGUGAUCAUGUGACACCUGUGAAAACCAGGGGUUGGAACCGGUUCAGGGAACAGAACCCAAAAAUUAAUACAUUUUUAGAGGAACAGAAUCAGAACCAGGAAGGAAAGUGAUCUAUUCUGUUCUGGAACAGAACCGUUCUUUUUUAAAGCAUGGGAACUGGUUAAUAACUUUUAUUUUACGUUCCAGGCAUUUUUUUCAGUUCCACCAAAAAACGCAACAAGGCGCCUAUGCAAAGCCCUCAGAUUUUAUUUUUAUUUUACUCUCACAGUGGGAGACUAAGAGGAAGACAGACACCACUCCCUUCCUUCUUCCCUCCCAUCACUCAGAAUCUCCAGGAAACCAUGACAACCCCUGACUUCCCUCCUGGGAGCCAUGGCAACCCCGUUCCCACUCUUCUUCCAGCUGCACUGGGAAUACUGGCCUGGCUGGAGAGUAGACCCCCUCCCCUCUGACCUCUGUCCUAUUCAUUUUUACAUUUUAGUCAUUUAGCAGACACUCUUAUCCAGAGCGACUUACAGGAGCAAUUAGGGUUAAGUGCCUUGCUCAAGGGCACAUAGACAGAUUUUUCACCUAGUCGGCUCGGGGAUUAGAACCAGCGACCUUUUGGUUACUGGCACAACGCUCUUAACCACUAAGCUAUUCCCCCUUGCCCUGGAGGUGAGGAAGCCGACUGGGGCUCUGGGGUGGAGAGAGAGGUGGUGCUAUAGGCCAUAUCCCCAGACGCUCCCUUUGGGCCGUACUGGGUUUCCUUAAUGGAAAGAGGCUCCAUCGGGCCUGUGCUGGGUCAGCCUGCCCCUGGGUUGUGGUGGUGCUGGGAGAUCCACUCCCUCCCUCUGGCCACCAAGGACUCAUUAUAGGAUGGUAAAUGGGUUUGGCGCUGGAAACUCGAGGCAGGGAAGCAGAGAGAGAAGGUUAACUGAAACCUCUGUGAGUAGAGAGAGUGAGGGGGGGAAAGUGAGGGUGAAGUGGGUUAAGGGGGGGAAUGGUUUCAGGAGGAUGGGGGAUGCAAUCAGUUUUUUUCUGUCUGCUUUGUGAGCAUGCAUCUGUUCUGUGUGUGGAUGUUCAGUUUUUGUAUUGGUUUUGGUGUUUGAAUGAGAGAGAGCGAUAUGCUUCAGGGAUAACACUGAUAGAUAAGAAAGAUGGAUAAGAGUCUGUCUUUCAGUACGUCUGAUAGACCGCGGAUUGCCUAUAAUUCAAUCAUUGAUCAACAGUGUAAUACGUUUCUGUCUCUCUGUCUGUCAGGCUGCUGCAGGGUGUGGGGCGGCCAGACGAGGUGUUGGCGUGCGUGGAGGCUGGAGUGGACCUGUUUGAGAGCUUCUUCCCCUUCCAGGUGACAGAGCGAGGCUGUGCUCUCACCUUCCCCUUCAACAUCACCACUGACCCAGAGGCAGCAGGGACAGAUGUACAGGCACCCCCAACAGGUCAGUGUGUUCCAUAAGCGCCAACUACCAGCCAAAUAGCUGACUACUAACCCUUAUGUGGCCGGCUACUUUUGAUGUUUUGAGAACACAUUGACAGCUGUGAUGCAGUACUCUCAGAACCAUGGACCACUGACAGGUGUGAUGCAGUACUCUCAGAACCAUGGACCACUGACAGGUGUGAUACAGUACUGUCAGAACCAUGGACCACUGACAGGUGUGAUACAGUACUGUCAGAACCAUGGACCACUGACAGCUGUGAUGCAGUACUGUCAGAACCAUGGACCACUGACAGGUGUGAUACAGUACUCUCAGAACCAUGGACCCGCUCCACACUGACAGGUGUGAUACAGUACUGUCAGAACCAUGGAUCUGCUCCACACUGACAGGUGUGAUACAGUACUGUCAGAACCAUGGACCCGCUCCACACUGACAGGUGUGAUACAGUACUGUCAGAACCAUGGACCCGCUCCACACUGACAGGUGUGAUACAGUACUGUCAGAACCAUGGACCCGCUCCACACUGACAGGUGUGAUACAGUACUGUCAGAACCAUGGACCCGCUCCACACUGACAGGUGUGAUACAGUACUGUCAGAACCAUGGACCACUGACAGCUGUGAUACAGUACUCUCAGAACCAUGGACCACUGACAGCUGUGAUGCAGUACUCUCAGAACCAUGGACCACUGACAGGUGUGAUACAGUACUGUCAGAACCAUGGACCACUGACAGCUGUGAUGCAGUACUCUCAGAACCAUGGACCACUGACAGCUGUGAUACAGUACUCUCAGAACCAUGGACCACUGACAGCUGUGAAACAGUACUCUCAGAACCAUGGACCCGCUCCACACUGACAGGUGUGAUACAGUACUGUCAGAACCAUGGACCCGCUCCACACUGACAGGUGUGAUACAGUACUGUCAGAACCAUGGACCCGCUCCACACUGACAGGUGUGAUACAGUACUGUCAGAACCAUGGACCCGCUCCACACUGACAGGUGUGAUACAGUACUGUCAGAACCAUGGACCCGCUCCACACUGACAGGUGUGAUACAGUACUGUCAGAACCAUGGACCCGCUCCACACUGACAGGUGUGAUACAGUACUGUUAGAACCAUGGACCCGCUCCACACUGACAGGUGUGAUACAGUACUGUCAGAACCAUGGACCACUGACAGGUGUGAUACAGUACUGUCAGAACCAUGGACCACUGACAGCUGUGAAACAGUACUCUCAGAACCAUGGACCACUGACAGGUGUGAUACAGUACUCUCAGAACCAUGGACCACUGACAGCUGUGAUGCAGUACUGUCAGAACCAUGGACCACUGACAGGUGUGAUACAGUACUGUCAGAACCAUGGACCACUGACAGGUGUGAUACAGUACUGUCAGAACCAUGGACCACUGACAGGUGUGAUACAGUACUGUUAGAACCAUGGACCCGCUCCACACUGACAGGUGUGAUACAGUACUGUCAGAACCAUGGACCACUGACAGGUGUGAUACAGUACUGUCAGAACCAUGGACCACUGACAGGUGUGAUACAGUACUGUCAGAACCAUGGAUCUGCUCCACACUGACAGGUGUGAUACAGUACUGUCAGAACCAUGGACCCGCUCCACACUGACAGGUGUGAUACAGUACUGUCAGAACCAUGGACCCGCUCCACACUGACAGGUGUGAUACAGUACUGUCAGAACCAUGGACCCGCUCCACACUGACAGGUGUGAUACAGUACUGUCAGAACCAUGGAUCUGCUCCACACUGACAGGUGUGAUACAGUACUGUCAGAACCAUGGACCCGCUCCACACUGACAGGUGUGAUACAGUACUGUCAGAACCAUGGACCCGCUCCACACUGACAGGUGUGAUACAGUACUGUCAGAACCAUGGACCCGCUCCACACUGACAGGUGUGAUACAGUACUGUCAGAACCAUGGACCCGCUCCACACUGACAGGUGUGAUACAGUACUGUCAGAACCAUGGACCCGCUCCACACUGACAGGUGUGAUACAGUACUGUUAGAACCAUGGACCCGCUCCACACUGACAGGUGUGAUACAGUACUGUUAGAACCAUGGACCCGCUCCACACUGACAGGUUUGAUACAGUACUGUCAGAACCAUGGACCACUGACAGGUGUGAUACAGUACUGUCAGAACCAUGGACCCGCUCCAUUUGGACCUUCAGCCCCUUUCACUCCUUUCUACUGCUUCAGUGGUUACAGCUCUGAAAGACCAGAUAGGCGUUUUCAUGAAGGAGAAAAUACCUCUGGGCCUGGUUGUAGGUCUGCCUAACUCCGUAGUAGCAUCCUAGUGUUACAGCUCUCCUGACCUUUCAGAGCCUGCGUCUGACUCUUCGUGUGUGUGUGACGAUGAUGGUCGUGAUGGUGUUAUUGACUAUCUUGACAGUGUUUUGGUAAUGAUGUCUUUGAUGAUAGUUACGGUGAUGAUUUGUGUGGGAAUGAUACUAACCCCAGUACUCUCGUUGCGUUGAUUUAAAACAUACAUGAUUAAACAUUACAGUGGGCUUUCAUGGGGGAAGCCUGUGAUCACGCUGUUGAAGAUAAUUGAUGAUAAUCAGUACGUUGUUGAUGAUGAUGAGGAGGAGGAUGAUGAAGAGUAGUCAUGGAGCGUUGGGCUUUCCCCUCACCGCAGGGAGUCCAGCAGCGUACAGUAGUCUGUAAUUCACUCAGAUCCUUCUGCCACUGUAGACAGAUCUCUCUGUUGAAGAGAGGCUUCUUUGGCUUAACGUCAUGAAUGAAUCAACACACUUUGUUUUCAACCAGAUUCCAGUUCAAUACCACUGGGAAUUAUGGCAGCAAAAGGCCAGCGAGUGUGUGUGUGUGUGUGUGUGUGUGUCCAUGUGUUUUUUAAUAACUGUGUGAAUAUGAUAGAAAGUGUUUCUUUAUAAUUGUGUCCCUCGCUGUGUGUGAACACGAUAAAUGUAGACAAAGUGUGUGUGUGUGUGUGUGUGUGUGUGUGUGUGUGUGUGUGUGUGUGUGUGUGUUUGUUUGUUUGCGGGGAUAAGAGGCCGUAUGCAUUUUCUACCCCUCGGUCAAAUAAAAUAACUGGGUGGAGAUACGAACCCAACGAGUCAGAUGGUGAAAUGAAAUCAAUGGAAGAUCUCACUGUUACCCCAGAAAAAAUAUACAUUAAAUCAUGCCGUUUAAUCUCUGAUAAAGGAAAAUAAAACAAUAUGAUUAAAGCGUUCCUGAGGGAAAUUGAAGCCUCCCGCGGGAUUUUCUAUUUGAUAACGAUUUUCAGUUUGAUAGCUGUAAAAGUUUCUGUAUCAGGCCAAAGUUUCAGAUUCAGAAGGUGAGGAUCAGACCGAUUUUAAGUGUCAGACAGCACUAAUCGAUUCUGCACGGGGGAGUGUAAUGGGGUUCACUGGAGGUGAGUGUUAGGACAGGACUUGGGUCCAUGAGCAAAUGAGGAGAGAGCGUCCAAAUCCCUCCGUGGGGAGGUGGUGCCAUAGCCCUCACCCCAAUCUGCCUCUUCUCUGGCACCACAGGCCCUUGUCUAAUCCACCUGCCAUCCUUGUCCUCUCUCUCACUCCCGCUAUCCUCCCUCUCUCUUCAGAUCACUCCCUCUAUUCACUCUUCCUCCUUCCCUCUUUACUCUCCCUCUCUCUCCCUCCGUCCAUCCCUUUUUUCCUCUCUCUCUUUACUAUCACUCCCUCCUGACCUGACUUGUAUUUCUCACCUUAAAUCUUUCUCUCGCUCUCUCCUCCCCAUUUUUACCUAUUUUCCCACCUCCUUUGUCCCCCGUCCUGUUGUUCUCGCCGCUCUUGUUUUCACCCUUAACCAUCCCCCUCUCUCUCUCUCAAUUCAUUUCAAUUUCAAUGUAAGGGCUUUAUUGGCAUGGGAAACGUGUGUUAACAUUGCCAAAGCAAGUGAAGUAGAUAGUAAACUAAUGUGAAAUAAACAAUAAAUAUUAAGCGUAAACAUUACACUCAGAAGUUCCAAAAGAAUAAAGACAUUUCAAAUGUCAUUAUGUAUAUAUACAGAGUUGUAACAAUGUGCAAAUAGUUAAAGUACAAAUGGGAAAAUAAAUAAACAUUAAUAUGGGUUGUAUUUACAAUGGUGUUUGUUCUUCACUGGUUGCCCCUUUUCUUGUGGCAACAGGUCACAAAUCUUGCAGCUGUGAUGGCACACUGGUUUUUCACUCAGUAGAUAAGGGAGUUUAUCAAAAUUGGGUUUGUUUUUGAAUUCUUUGUGGAUCUCUGUAAUCUGAGGGAAAUAGGUGUCUCUAAUAUGGUCAUACAUUUGGCAGGAGGUUAGGAAGUGCAGCUCAGUUUCCACCUCAUUUUGUGGGCAGUGUGCACAUAGCCUGUCUUCUCUUGAGAGCCAGGUCUGCCUACGGUGGCCUUUCUCAAUAGCAAAGCUAUGCUCACUGAGUCUGUACAUAGUCAAAGCUUUCCUUAAGUUUGGGUCAGUCACAGUGGUCAGGUAUUCUGCCACUGUAUUCUCUGUUUAGAGCCAAAUAGCAUUCUAGUUUGCUCUGUUGUUUUUGUAAAUUCUUUCUAAUGUGUCAAGUAAUUCUCUUUUUUGUUUUCUCAUGAUUUGGUUGGGUCUAAUUGUUUUGUUGUUGUUGUCCUGGGGCUCUGUGGGGUCUGUUUGUGAAUAGAGCCCCAGGACCAGCUUACUUAGGGGACUCUUCUCCAAGUUCUUCUCUCUGUAGGUGAUGGCUUUGUUAUGGAAGGUUUGGGAAUCGCUUCCUUUUAAGUGGUUAUAGAAUUUAACGACUCUUUUCUGGAUUUUGAUAUUUAGUGGGUAUCGGCCUAAUUCUGCUCUGCAUGCAUUAAUUGGUGUUUUUCGUUGUACACGGAGGAUAUUUUUGCAGAAUUCUGCAUGCAGAGUUACCUGUGGCGCUGAUGUUUAGGCCGAGGUAUGUAUAGUUUUUUGUGUGCUCUAGGGCAACGGUGUCUAGAUGGAAUUUGUAUUUGUGGUCCUGGCAACUCUACCUUUUUUGGAACACCUUUAUUUGUGUCUUACUGAGAUUUACUGUCAGGGCCCAGGUCUGACAGAAUCUGUGCAGAAGAUCUAGGUGCUGCUGUAGGCCCUCCUUUGUUGGUGACAGAAGCACCAGAUCAUCAGCAAACAGUAGACAUUUGACUUCAGAUUCUAGUAGGGUGAGGCCGGGUGCUGCAGACUGUUCUUGUGCCCUCGCCAAUUCGUUGAUAUAUAUGUUGAAGAGGGUGGGGCUUAAACUGCAUCCCUGUCUCACCCCACGGCCCUGUGAAAAGAAAUUUGUGUUUUUUGCCAAUUUUAACCGCACACUUGUUAUUUGUGUACAUGGAUUUUAUAAUGUCGUAUGUUUUUCCCCCAACACCACUUUCCAUCAAUUUGUAAAGCAGACCCUCAUGCCAAAUUGAGUCAAAAGCUUUUUCGAAAUCAACAAAGCAUGAGAAGACUUUGCCUUUGUUUUGAUUUGUUUGUUUGUCAAUUAGGGUGUGCAGGGUGAAUACGUGGUCUGUCGUACGGUAAUUUGGUAAAAAGCCAAUUUGACAUUUGCUCAGUACAUUGUUUUCACUGAGGAAAUGAACUAGUCUGCUGUUAAUGAUAAUGCAGAGGAUUUUCCCAAGGUUGCUGUUGACGCAUAUCCCACGGUAGUUAUUGGGGUCAAUUUUGUCUCCACUUUUGUGGAUUGGGGUGAUCAGUCCUUGGUUCCAAAUAUUGGGGAAGAUGCCAGAGCUAAGGAUGAUGGUAAAGAGUUUAAGUAUAGCUAAUUGGAAUUUGUGGUCUGUAUAUUUUAUCAUUUCAUUGAGGAUACCAUCAACACCACAGGCCUUUUUGGGUUGGAGGGUUUGUAUUUUGUCCUGUAGUUCAUUGAAUGUAAUUGGAGAAUCCAAUGGGUUCUGGUAGUCUUUAAUAGUUGAUUCUAAGAUUAGCAUUUGAUCAUGUAUAUUUUUUUGCUGUUUGUUCUUUUGUUAUAGGGCCAAAAAGAUUGGAGAAGUGGUUUACCCAUACAUCUCCGUUUUGGAUAGAUAGCUCUUCGUGUUGUUGUUUGUUUAGUGUUUUCCAAUUUUCCCAGAAGUGGUUAGAUUCUAUGGAUUCUUCAAUUACAGGUUUUUGCAUUCUUCAUCAAACCAUUUGUCACUGUUGUUACUUUUCUUCGGUUUUCUGUUAGAGAUUUUUAGAUUUGAUAGGGAAGCUGAGAGGUGUGUGUGUGUGUCUCUCUCUCUCUCUCUCUCUCCUAUUUAUUACAUGUAUAGGCUAUUCUCUCCCCCUCUCGUUUCUCCCUCUUGCCCACUUCUCUGUCUCUCUCUGUCUCUCCUCACACUGACUGGAUCAUUCUGUUUGCCCUCCAGUUGACCUCAGCUGCUCUCUAGAUGGAAGUGCCUGAUAACUAUUUAAUGAAGCUGGUGGGCAAGAAACAUUUCCUGUGUGUGUGUGGUGGGGUUGUGGGUUUUGGUGGACGGGGGCUUGAAUUCAGCAAAUUUUGAUAUUCCUUUGUCGGAAAGGAGAAGAGCGUGAAAUUAGAACACACUGGACCAUAAUUGGUUUAGGAUGUAUGGUUUUAGGACAUGAUCUGACUGCUGUGGACUUUGGAAUGUGUGGGUUCAGUGAAUGGAUCAGAUUGGUCUAGUUGAAUGGGUGUGGCUAAACGGAUUGAUUUGAUUGGUAUGUAUUUUGGCAGUUGUGGAGUUGGACAAGUCGGAAGCUGAUGUAGGUCAGAAGAAUGGAACUGAUAAUCCCCAAGAAGACCAAACCAAGAUGACUCCAUUUGAGAUCAACCUGAAAGAUAAGAGGUUUGUGUCCAUUUGUGUUUGUGCCAGUUGGUGUGUGUGUACACAUGUGACUCUGGCCCUCUCACUCUACUCAAAGGAACAUGUGUGUGCCUGUUUCCUCUGUGUGUGUGUGUGUGUGUGUGUGUGUGUGUGUGUUACUCUGGGUGUCUGUCCGUGUGUAUGACCCUCUGCUCUCCAGGUACAGAGACGACUUCAGUCCCCUGGUGGAGGGGUGUGGCUGCUACUGCUGUAGGAACCACCAGAGGGCGUACCUACACCACCUGCUGGUGACCAAUGAGCUGCUGGCUGGAGUCCUGCUCAUGCUCCACAACACGGCCCACUACUGCGCCUUCUUCACCGCCCUGAGGGGGGCGCUGGCCAGCAACAGGCUGGACCACCUCAAGAAGAGAGUACUAGAAGGACGAGGCAAGGGGGUGAACAGGGAGGGGGCUGGGGAGAAGGAUGGG